AUGUUUGCUUCAAGUGAUAGGCCAGCAUUAGAUGGAGGGAGGCUGACCAGAUGGAUUCCUGACAGCAGAGCAAACAGACAAGAUGAUCAACAGACUCCUGCUGUCAGUCUCUCAUCCAUAAGGAUUGUGCUGCUGGGUGAAACUGGUGUAGGGAAAAGUGCAUGUGGAAAGACAAUACUGGGACAGAAAGAGUUCGGAUCUGAGAAAAGACAGACUGUAGUAACAACUGAAUGUUCAGAAGCACACACCACUGUUUCAGGCAGAUCUGUGUCUGUAGUUGAUACUCCUGGAUUCUUUGACACACAGAUGAGGCCUGGAAAGUUAAUGACAGAGAUAGCAAGAAGUGUUUAUUUAUCCAGUCCUGGACCUCAUGCAUUUCUCAUUGUGUUCAGAGUUGACAGAUUCACUGAACAGGAGCAGCAGAUUCCUCAGAUGAUUGAGAUGAUGUUUGGUCAGGAGGUGUUACAAUACUCCAUCAUUCUCUUCACUCAUGGAGAUCAGCUAGAUGAGCCCUUGGAGGAGCUCAUUGAGGAGAACAGUAGAUUAAGACAUCUAGUUCAGCAGUGUGGAAACAGAUAUCAGGUAUUCAACAACAGAGAUGAGAAUAACAGAGAGCAGGUGAAUGAUCUUCUGCAGAAGAUUGACACAAUGAUAGAGCAGAAUGGAGGAGGACAUUACAGUAAUCAGAUGUUUGAAGAUGUUCUGAGAUUCAGACAAGAGGAAGAAGAGCAGAGACAGAGAGAGCAAGAGGAACGCAGUGAAAACACUGACUUUACACAAUUUUUUACCAAGUAUGGGCAUAAUUUGCGUAUGUCAGCUUUUGCAGUUGGUAGAUAUGAACUUGUUGGUGAUUUUAUUUCGGCAUGUGUUUAUGAAGCUCUUCAUGCAGCUGUGUGA